AUCAUUACGUCUAGUUAAUACCAUAGUUGCAGAGCUGCGAAAAUGUUCACAAACAGGGCUUUAAAAAGUGAAUAUGGACAUUUCUACCUUUCAGAUUCUACCGAUGUACAAGAAUGUCUUGAAGAUGAAAGUGAGGCCGACUUACACACGCACCUGGCUAACUGUAAAAAAAAUCCCGGGCACACAGAGUUUAUACCAGUAAAUGAGUUUAGCAUUAUGCAUCUCCCAGAUAGGUACCAAGACAAAAUCGUGUAUAAACUAACUAAAACAAUGGCUGACAUUACUGUGAGAAUAGCGUGUAACUUUACAAGUCCAGGUAGACCAGAGUUUGUACCAGGUACUAAAUAUCCAUAUCCUUGCUACAAGACCAGGGGACAGAAGUCUCUGAAAACAGGUACUGGAGGGAUCCGUGGUGUUAAACAUUGUGUAACGGAUCAGACUACCAACAGCCAUUGCCCGUGUCCUACAUGUAGUAACGGAUCCAACACCCCGAGAGAGGAGUGGUGGUGUGUGAAGGUCAUCACAGUGUCCCAUGUGGUAUUUGAUGAGGAGGAAGCACGCCAGUCUAGCUGUAGAUUAUGGUUUGAUGAUGAUGAAAGCCCUAUGGUCACAUUGAGUGGUCUGACCAUAUGCAAAUCAAUGUCCGAUCUAGACUGGUGUUCAUUCUAUUGUGUUACCCAUGAUAAAGAGUUGGCUGAUAAAAUAGAAAAGAAAUUGAAAGCGUUUUAUGAUGUGUGCUUGGAAUUAAGGGACAAAUACAGGAGUCUUAGAGAUGUGGACAAGCUGACCAUUAUUGUAGCUUUAGUCCGACUUUAUCAGAUUCUUUAG